GGCCUGGCGUGCUGCGGUUCAUGGGGUCGGGAACUGAACUGAACUGAACUGAACUGAAGAGACAUUCUGACUCUGAAACUACUAUUAAGAAAUGUCACAGAAACAUCACAAGGUGAUGAUUAAUCCCAGCCUCUUUGUUCUUCCCCUUUUUUUUUUCUUUUCUUUCUUUCUUUUGGCCAUACUACGUGGCAUGCGGAACUUCCCCAACCAGGGAUUGAACCCGUGCCUACUGCGGUGGAAGUCUUAACCACUGGACCACUGGGGAAGUCCAGUUCUUCCCCUUUAAAAACAAAAAGCAAAAACCUAACACUCAAAGACCAAGUUGAUGUGGAUCUGAGACUUGUCUCUUACUCCCCUGCUUGGCCCCCCUGCAAUAAACCCUUACUUUGCUGCAAACACCCUGUCAGAGUUCAGCUUUCUCAACUGUAGGUACAUGAGCAAGCUGUGCUUGGUUACAUUACCCUUAGAGAAUUGGUCUAGAACAGCAACACAAAGGAGCUUCCUGGGUGAUGGUAAUACUCCUUUGCUUGAUCUGUUUAUAUCAGAGUGUUCAGUUGGGGAGAAUUCAUCAAGCCAUGUAUUUAUGGCAUGUAAAUUUUUCUGGGUGUGUGUUAUAUUUCAACACAAAGUUUUAAAAAGGGAAAUGCUCUGGUUGAAGCCCUGGGAGGGGCAGGGAGAGGAAGGUCAAGGAGCCCAUCCACAGCUCUGCCCUUACCCCAAACACAGUCCUUGUGGGAUCUCCAAGGGAACCUAAAGUUCCUUAGAAUAUAGCUUGAAAUCACUGAUCUGUCCCAACAGAGUCAGUGACUUGUCCAAGGUCCCACGGAGCCAGCACCUGAACCCAAGUCUCCUGACUCCCAAAUUGAGGAUCUGGACACUAUUUCUUUGCUGAAGGGCCACAGUCAUGAGUCAGGACUGGGGGCAGCUUGUCAGCCUCCUAUCCCCUCCCCAAUCCCUUAACUUGGGUCUUGGGAAGAGGGCCAAGACUCUAGUGUGGACGAUGCUUUUCUUAUCCUGGAGCAACUUCCUUUCUGGGAACUGGGUGUCUCCUUUUGGGCAAAGACAAUAAAUUUCAUCCAAGGGGCCAGAGGCGCAGGGCUCCUCCUGCCCCCACCCGGAUGGGCAUCACGUGGCUCCUGGGAUAGCAGUCCAGGAAAAUCCCAGCCCUUGCACACUCAGCCUCCCACACCCAUCUGCUUACCCUGACACUAUCAAGCCUCCCUGACCCACCUUGAACAUUCACCAUCGCACACUCCCUGGCACAUUUCUUUCACCCUCAGCUUCUCCCACCUCUUCCUGGGUAAUACUGCCAGCCUUUCCCUAACCCCAGAGCUGCAGCCUUUCCCUGUCACUGCUCACCCCCUACCAUGUCCCUGGGACCAUUAAAAUUCCAGGCAGUGGGUGAAGAUGAGGAGGAUGAGGAAGCAGAGAGCUUGGACUCUGUGAAGGCACUGACGGCCAAGCUGCAGCUACAGACACGACGGCCAUCAUACCUGGAGUGGACAGCCCGGGUCCAGAGCCAGGCCUGGCGCAGGGCCCAAGCCAGACCCAAGCCCGGGGGACCUGGGGCCAUUUGCGGAUUCGACUCAAUGGACUCUGCCCUUGAGUGGCUCCGACGGGAGCUGCGGGAGAUGCAGGCACAGGACCGGCAGCUGGCAGGGCAGCUGCUUAGGCUGCGGGCCCAGCUGCACCGGCUGAAGGUGGACCAAGUCUGUCACCUGCACCAAGAGCUGCUGAACGAGGCCGAGAUGGAGCUGGAGAUGGAGCCCGGGGCAGGCCUGGCCCUGGCCCCGCCACUGCGGCACCUGGGCCUCACGCGCAUGAACAUCAGUGCCCGGCGCUUCACCCUCUGCUAAGGGAUCCCUGCGUGUCUCCUGCACCACCCGCUACCCAUUCCCCAGCCCACCUGGGACGAAGGAAGAGAGGGGCUCCCCAGAGGAGCCAGCACCUGGAGAAGGGUCGGGGUAGAGUUGGGGAGAUGCUCAGCGCUCUGGGAGCUUAAAGCUCCAGCAUCCUGGGGCCCUGCUGCCCGGAUUGGGGAAGAGGGCGGUUUGGAGGAAGGGGAGGAGUUCACAGACCCUCAGUCUCCUCAAUAAAUCUGCUUCCCA